AUGUACAACUGGACGCUCUUGGUCGGACAAACCAGACACUGGACAUCUCCAAUGGGAAAAAGAAAAAGUUCGGCGAAGCCCGUGAAAAAAAUCAAGCAGAAGCUUGACGUGACGUUCCGCUGUCUCUUUUGCAACCACGAGAAGUCUGUCAUCUGCACCUUGGACAAGAAAAACUCCAUUGGCGACUUGCACUGCAAGAUCUGCGGCCAGAGUUUCCAGACCGCCAUCAACUCCUUGUCGCAGCCGGUGGACAUCUACUCGGACUGGAUUGAUGCAUGUGAAGAUUUGGCCGAGGAGGCGGAAGCAGCCGGAGUAAACUCGGGCAACGAAGAGGACGACUACAGCGAUGACGACAGAAAUGCAAAGAAGGAAAGAGACUCGGAGGAGGAGUACUAG